AUGGAAGACAAGAAAAGGAAAAAAGACGACAAAAGGAAAAGGGAAGCCUCUCAGAAGGUCACAGAACAAAAAAAUAAAGUGCCAGACUUGUCAAAGACUGCGUCCGCUCAGUCUCCCGCCACUCAAAGCAGCUCUGCUUCCCCCAGCCCUGGACCCACCCCCUCUGCCUCCCCAUCCCCAGCCACCUUGGGCCCUGGCAGUGCUGCCAACCCGUCACAGGGCGGCAACAAUGCCAAGCGCCUGGCGGUGGCCAACGGACAGCCCACCUCCAACACCAUUUCUUCCUCCACCGCUGGCGGCCCCAGUGCUGCUGGAAACAGCAGUGCAGGUAGCGGGGGCGGAGCCCAGGCGCCUCAGCAGCAACCACGCUACAUGCCGCGAGAAGUGCCGCCACGAUUUCGCUGCCAGCAGGACCAUAAAGUGCUACUGAAGAGGGGUCAGCCACCACUGUCCUCUAUGCUGCUGGGGGGGGGAGGAGGAGGAGGAGGAGGAGGAGGAGGAGGGGAUGGCCCCAAUGCAAACAUGGCUGCUGUCUCAGAUUCUGGUGCAGCUGCCUCCUCAUUGACCCUCACCUCAUCAUCAGUUGCUGCUUCUACUACUACUACUUCUAAUUAUGCAAAUUCCAUGUGGGGGACAAGCUCAGGCAGCCAGGCCUCCUCUCAGGGCAGGGAGAAGGUGAUUGUUGAUGGCAACGACCUGGAGGAGUGGCCUAGCAUUGCUGGCAGUGAUGGGGGAGGAGCUUCUUUCACUGGAGCUGGAGGGGGCAUCAGCAACAACGGAAUGCCUGUGAACAGCAUCAGUGCCUCUGGCAACCAAUCCUCACCCACUUCCUCGUUCUCUUUGCCCAAUGAAUGUAUGCAGUCGUCAAACAGCGUGGCGUGGGGGAUGGCUGCCUCCCAGGGUCAUCUUGGAGGAGGGAAUGCAGUAGCUGGGCCUCUGCUACAACAGCCCUCUUCACUUUCCAAAGCCUCCACUGUGCCAGGAAGCCAUGAUGCCAGUGGCCCCGUUGAUGGCAGCAGUGGUGUUACAGGUGCCAACUUCAAUCCAAAUGCCAACCCUUCAGCCUGGCCUGCGCUGGUGCAGCAGGAGGGGCCUACUGCUGCUGGGGAAGGGGGUCCGUCUUCCUUCCAUCACCAGGGCCCUGGAGGGUCUUUGUCUGCCAACAGCUCUGCUUCCCUUGGCCUGGGGCUGGGAAGUGGGGCAGGCGGGGUGCUGGGGGGUCACCCACCUUUAUCUGUGAAUCAAUCAAACCCUCAUCAGCGCCAACUUCACCAAAUGCAAUCCAGAGACAGAGAGCUUGGAGGGGGGAAGUGGGACAGCGAAUCAGCGGGACCAAAAAUUGUAGGGGGGGAAGGCAUUGGGGGAGGAAUGGACUGUAGUGUCGGAGGAGGCGAGAUCAGUGUGGGAGACCACAGCCUCAACUCCUCAUGGAGAGGCCAGCCUUCUUACCCUGCAGCUAACUCCAAAACGGGUGCCUCAAGAACUGAUGGUUGGGAGGGUGGAGGAGGUGGAGCAGGGGGCUUCGGAGCUGCUGAAGGAGAUAAUGGGACCUCGGGUUGGGGGUACCCGAAUUCCACUAGUGGGGUUAGUGCUUGGGGCAGUGCUGGAACUGGGGGUAACAGUAGUCAGACCUCCGGGGUAUCUCAGGGAGUGUGGGGGUCAUCAGGAGUCGGAGCGGACAGAGGGGUUUCUAGUGGUGAUUGGGGUGGUAACCCCACCAGUAUUGGUGGAGCUAAUACUGGAGGUGAAGGAAUUGGUGGAGCUUGCAGCAGUAACAGCAGCAGUAGUGGAGGCAGCACAGCUGGCAACCCUCCUGCAGCUUCUGCCUCUUCCUCAACCACCACUACUAUGACCAGAGCCUGGGACAAUCAGAAGGGAGAAGUUGAUACAGGGGAAUGGGGUGGGGGAUCAGAAGAACAGGGAGCACAGGGAGGAUCUUCAUCCAGUGGUGGAAACUCCAGGAGUGAAAGCGGCAGCAGUCACAGUCGUACUCGCCGCCCACCUCCUAACGCUGACGCUGCCUUACAGAGCCUGCUCAGCCGGUCUGAUCUGGACCCUCGGGUUCUGUCCAACACUGGCUGGGGCCAAACACAGAUCCGACAAAACACAUCCUGGGAAUUUGAAGGACAUGGGGGACAAAGUAAAGGAGGAUCGUCAUCAGCUACAUCAAAACAACCAUCUACUCUUGGUGGUUCUUCUCAGUAUUCUAGAACCCAAAUCCCUGAUUCUAUGGGUCCAGGGGUUGGUUCUUCCCUUGUUCCCUCAGCUGGGUCCUCUGGAGAGGGCUGGGAGAGCAGCAGCAACAGUAGCAGUAGUGGGGCCUCUUUGUCUGGGAGAGCCCCACCACCUUCAGGCCCCAACAUGAGGAGUCUUGGCGUCUCACAAUCUGGGCCAGUGACCACAACAGGGCCAGGUAUGGGGUCUGGGGUAAUUCCAGCACACAGCCAGCAGGGGAAGGCUUCAGGCUGGGGUGGAGGAGGGAUGGGGGGUGGGGAUGGCCAGGAGUCCAAGGGUUGGGGGAAUGAGGAUUGGAGAGACAGUCGUAGUAGUAGUAUUGGAGGAACUGGAGGUGGAUGGGGUGAUGUUUCUCAGCAGGGUGACCCAGCGAGUGGAGGCUGGGGAGGAAGUCAGGAGGAGAAAGGGAAAGGGGGGUGGAAAGAAAUGGGAGGAAAUGGAGGGGGAAGUGGGUGGGGAUCAGGACAGAAGGCUGGAGGAGGUAGGGAUUGGGGAGAGCAACUGUCCAAAUCAAGUAGUGGAGGAAGUGGUUGGGAGGAUGAGAGAAACAAUGGAGGAAACUCAGGUGGAGAUACAGGUGCAGGUGGUUGGGGUAGUUGGGACGAAGGUGCUCCCCGUAGAACCUGGGGAGCAGGGGGCACAGGGGGAGGAGGUAGUGGAGGAGGGGGGGUGGGUGUUGGGGGCAUGGGAUCUAAACCCAAUCAAAGUUGGAGUGGAGGAAACAAAAUGCACCAGAUGCCAAACAGCCAGCAGGGCUCCAUCACAGGCCCGCAGGCACAACUGCAACAGCAACAAUCACAGCCCCGCAAUCAACAUCCACAGCGACAGCAAACGUUGGACCAAGGGGCUAUGCAAGGGGGCGGUGGGAGAAAAACGAUCUCUCAAGUCGAGAAUCAGAACCAAAGCUCAGGCUGGACCUCAGGGCCAAUCCCUGGUGGUUCUUUAGGAGGUGGAAGUGGAUCUGAACCAAGUGGCUGGGAGGAACCCUCGCCACAGUCAAUUAGUAGGAAGAAUGAGAUAGAUGAUGGAACAUCAGCAUGGGGAGACCCAACCCAUUACAACUACAAGCCGGUUAACCUGUGGGACAAGAACAGUGCCCCUGCUGGACAGCAGCCUCAUAGCCAGAAUCAGGCACAGCAGCAGCAGCCGCAACAACAACAAAAACAACAACAACAACAACAGCAGCAGCAGCAGCAGCAGCAGCCGCCGCCGCUGCCACAACAGCAGCAGCAGCAGCAGCAGCCGCAGCAGCAGCCGCAGCAGCUGCAACAGCAGCAGCAGGGACCUCCAAUACAGCAGCAGCCCAGCAGGCAAGCUGCAGGGCUUGGAGGUUGCAGAGACUUUAACACUGGCCACGGACCUGCAAAACCUUCACCUGUUGGUCCUUCAAGUUGGGGUGGAACCUCUCCAACUAGUCCCACAGUAGACAAUGGCACGGCAGCUUGGGGGAAACCCAAAGAAGUCCCUACUGGCUGGGGAGAUCAUGAUGAUACUGGAGGGAAGACUACGGGCUGGGGUAACCCUCCUCCCAACCCUAUCAAAUCUGGUUCAAAGUCUAUGCAAGAUGGCUGGGGUGAAAAAGAGAGCUCUGUUGCCGCCUCGCGUCACUCAAGUUGGGAGGAUGAAGAGGAGGGAGGGGGCAUGUGGAACAGCGCUGGCUCCCAGGGAAGCAGCUCGUCUUGGGGACAUGGAAGCAACGGGGGCUGGGGACAGGGCCAGGCAGUAAAGAAGCCCAGCAACAAGGGUCCAAUGAAGCCUGCUGGAGACUCAUGGAUGAGCCCCAUCAACAGACAGUUCUCUAACAUGGGACUGCUGAAUGAUGAUCCCAGCGGCCCAAACAUGGACCUGGCUCCAGGUUCUCUUCAGGAAAAGAAGAUUGAAAUGGAUAAAAGAGGCGUGGUGAUGAACGAUUACAAUGGAGAUCUGAGAAAAGGAGGAAGAGGAGGAGGAGGGGGGAUGGCUUAUCGCCCUCCUGGUUCCAAAGAGGCAGUACCUGGGGAUGCUGGGUCCUACUAUGACAAGACCUUGCCUUUGACCAAUCAGGAUUGGUGCCUUGGGGAGGAGGGUCCUUACUCUCUGUACUCACCACCCACUGUCUACAAGCCCCAUUCCCUCUUCAACCACACUGUCCCCUUUAGACAAGGUGGUCACAGUAUCUUUGGCAGUGGAUGCGGGAUGGCUCCGUCAAGACACCAGCCAAGUGUCCCACCCCUAAACCAGUCCCCAGGGAUACGAGCGCAAGUGCCUCAUCAGUUCCUGUCACCUCAGGUGCCAGGCUCCAUGCUGAAGCAGAUGCCCCCUCCCAGCGGGAGCGUGGGGGGUGUCGGCAGCGUAGGAGGGAUGGCAGGACUCGGGGGUGGUGUGUUCCCUCCACAGCUGUCCCCCCAGCACAUCGCCAUGCUCAGCAGCAUCUACCCACCGCACAUCCAGUUUCAGCUGGCUUGUCAGCUCCUCCUCCAGCAGCAGCAGCAGCCCCAACAGCAGCCACAGCAGCUCCUGCAAAACCAGAGAAAGUUCACACCAAAUGUGCGGCAGCAGGCUGACCCUCAGCAGCUGGCCAGGAUCAUGGCGGUGCUACAGCAGCAGAGGCAGCAGCAGCAGGUCGGGGGUUUAGGUGGCAGCUCCAAACUCUCCCCCUCCCACCACGGUGGAGGUGGAGGAGGGGGUCCCAAACUGCCUGGGGCUGAUCCCCUGCCCCAUCCAGGCCUGGCAGGAUCUUUGGCUGACCUGCACCAGAAAACUCUAGGGCCUUAUUCUGGUUUUGGUUCUGGAGUGAACCUACCAGUUAUGGACCUAGGCAGCCCUGUGGUGGGCGGUCCUGGAGGCAUGAAGGACCUUGGUGGUCAGAAGUCCAGAUUCAAAUGGAUGAUGGAGGGACACUCAUCUCCUGACGCCUCCUCACCAGAGAAUGCAUUCCACAAAAAUGGUCCUGUCACCCCCAUGAAGAUGCCUGGGGGCUCGCCCUAUUCUCAGUAUGACAUGAUGGUUGGAGACGGGCUCAGUGACAACUGGCAUCGCACCCCUGGAAACAAGAUGGGUGCAAAGCCAGUCUCCACGCCCAGCUGGCCCCCUGAGUUCCAGCCAGGCGUGCCCUGGAAGGGAAUCGACCGCGUCGACCCUGAAUCUGACCCCUACAUGACCCCAGGGAGCAUGAUGGGAAAUGCAGUGUCCCCCAACCUCAAUGAUACUGAGCACCAGUUGUUACAAGAUAAUCCAGAUUCCACUCCACCCCUCAACACCUUGCUGCCUUCACCUGGUGCCUGGCCCUACAGUGCCUCAGACAGUCCCCUAAACAAUGCACACAACUCAGCAAAGUACACAGAAUACAAGACCAGCUGGCCCCCAGAGCCAAUUGGACACAAGUCCUGGAAAGCCAGCCGUGGCAGCAGCCAGAACCAGCUGUCCCGCCCACCUCCAGGACUAGCCAGUCAGAAGCAGCCGUCACCUUCUCCCUGGUCUGGAGGAGCCCCUCGGUUGGCUGGCCGUAGCUGGGCUGGGGGCUCAAGCACGACUGGCUCGACUUGGAGUGAUGGUAGCUCACGGGAAAGCUGCUGGUUGGUGCUCAGCAACCUCACCCCACAGAUCGAUGGCUCCACUCUGAGGACCAUCUGUAUGCAGCAUGGCCCUCUGCUGACCUUUCACCUUGGCCUGACCCAGGGCAACGCUCUGAUUCGCUACAGCUCCAAACAGGAGGCCGCCAAGGCCCAGAGCGCGCUGCACAUGUGUGUUCUGGGUAACACCACCAUCUUGGCCGAGUUUGUGAGUGAGGAGGAUGUGGCUCGCUACAUUGCACAUUCCCAGGCAGGAGGAGCAGGGACCGCUGGAACCACAGCCAGCUCUGCAGGCUCCGGGCCUACAGCUGCCUCCACUGUGGGGGCCAACGGUAACGGAGGGAGCUGCGAGAGAGUUGGAGCAGGAGGCAGCAGUGGAGGAGGAGUCGAAGGAGUCUCCACGGCUGGGGCAGUAGGAAGCGGAGGAGCCGGGCAUUCCAGCUCAGGGUGGCAGAGUCUGGACAGCACAGGCAGCUCAUCAGACCAGCCUGCCACCCAGGGGUCCGGGCUCGGCAUCUUUGCCCAGUGGAGCAAUGGGGCCGGGGUUGGUACGGCCGGAGGUGUGGAGGCAGGAAGGCAGGGUCUCUGGGGGGGCAUGGGUGGAAUGAGCGGGGCGGGGUACCCUGGCAGUAGCCUCUGGGGUGCCCCGACACUUGAGGAUUGUCACCAGAUGGGCAGCCCCGCUUCACUGCUGCCAGGGGACCUGCUGGGAGGGGGGUCGGACUCCAUCUGAAAGGGCCAACUGACACACACACACACACACACACACACACACACACACACACACAUGAACACACACACACGAACACACACACACACGAACACACACAUACACACAUACACACAUACACACAUACACACACACACACACACACACACACACACACACACACACACACACACACAUGUUUACGCCUAAGUUGUAAUACAUAUGUCUCACUGUAUUUAUUUACACAUAAAGGUGACAUGAAUCAAAGCUACACCGGUUAGCAAAAAAGCAGACAGCCAACAGUGACACCACACACAGACUACAUGCAGUACAUGCACACAUUAUUGCACACAUAUACAUUAAGCCGCUUAACUUUAAAUGAAGACAACAGUAAAACUUGAACCGGGGAAAAAGGUGAAAUCCAUUAAACUCUUAGGACUCAACUGGAUAGUUCUUUGUCUUUUUACUCCAAAUCCCACCAUCUGCAUUCAGAGACCCAAUCACUCAGGCAUGCACUUGUAGACAGGCUCAGCCAGAGUCGUACACAUCAACAAGUUUAGCUAUUGCUGUUUUUAGUGUGCCACAAAAUAUUUUUUCUUUUGUAUUGCUAUUUAAUGGUUGAAUCUCAAAUUCAGACUUGCAGACUGAGCCCUUGUAGACCUGGCUGGCUUACUUCUGAGUUCUCAUGUUUGGAAGCUUGAGAGUGGGGAAGGAUCUGAAGUUUGUUAAGAUUUUGGGACAGCGCCACACUACUGAGUCAAAUGGACGAUCAGCAACCUUUGAGGUCUGGAAAAGGAGAGUGUUUUUAGUAGGUACUCGCACCUCCUGGUGGAAAUAUGCCAUCAACAUGGGACCCAGGGUAAAAAAAAAAAAAAAAGAAACAAAAACAACAUUAGCCAAACUUGCACUAUAUGCCUCUGGGUUUGUUGUUGACACAUCCUCCACAAUCCCUCCAUGUUUUAAAACAGAGCUACAAUUCGACAACUACACAGACCUUACAGGACGACUUAAUGUUACAACAGCAGUGGCCUUGGCUAACACCCAGCGGCCGCCCACCUGCCAUGUCAGCAGCAUCGCACCUCUUCAUCAGUUACACUCUGCUCUUAUAUUUGACAAGCAAAAUUGUAACUCCUUGUUGAUGUAUGUUGGUUGUUUAUCGUUUUUUUUCUGUUUUAAAAGAAAAAAAGAAAUGUGUGAAACUUUGUGAAAAUCCAGAGAUGUCCUUUUUUUUGCCCUUCAAACACUGACCUCGCUAUUGUAUUUUUUCUUACUCGAGAAAUCAAGUUGGUUAUUAUAUAUUGUCAUGAUGUUAAUGAUGACUAUGAUCACUUAUUUACUCGCUGUACAAGGUGCCCUCCUGCCUGCCUGAGUGUGCAUGAAAGGAGUGAUGACAGUAUGACCGAAUGGAGAUGAUGUGAUGAAGAUGAUGAUGAUAUCAGGAGUGUCUGUGUUAUUGCUACAAUGUUGAAUGUUUUUCUUUCUUUCUUUCUUUCUUGUCCAUGAGAGAUUCAUGAGAAUCGUUUUUGUGCAUUGGUUUAUGUGUGUGUGUGUGUGUGUGUAUGUGUGUGUGUGUAUGUGUGUGAAUGUGUGGGGUGUGGUUGCUUUUGAACACUUAUCUGCUCCAGUCAGGGAAGUGAAUAGAUGUUAAUCUGACGGCUUGCAUUUCAGAGAGAGUUUGUGUGUGUGUGUGCGGUGUGGUGUGGAUGUGUUAAGUGUGUGCUUGACUGUGUGAUAGCUAAAAGUUCAAAAACAUUGGCACUAUUGCAUACGUCUCUUAAGUUGUGUUUUUAGCAGCAUUUUUGUUUCUGUUUGUAUUUUUCUUUCUGCCAAAUGCAAUAAGAGAAUAUUUUGUUUUUAAGACAAAGCAACCAACUGAAGGCAUUUCUACUAAGAUGCCAAAUCCUACCAUACCAAGCUGAGCUGGAACAGUGUUUUACAGACACGUUAAAGACAUUACCUGUUAUAUUUUACUGUUUGUUUUUUUGUUAUUGUGUAUCAAUUUAAAUUAAGUCAGUCUUUAUUAUCACUCCUGUUCAGGAUGUUUUCAUUUGUUUCAGAUGUUACAAAAAGGAGAGGAAAUUAAUUUAAAGCAGAAAAGAACAAGAUAAUAAAGGUUGAAUUGAAGUCUA